UCCCUUCCCACCCUUAAUUUCCCUUCUCAGUUCUCCCUCUCUUCCCCUACACUGCCAGUUUCAUUUCCCUUAUAUAUAUUAUAUGUAUAAUUUUCUUUUCUGUUUCUUGUAAACCAACGGUCAACCCUGGGAAACUUUUGGCAUAAGGGAGGGAAGAGCAGUGAUUGUUGGUGUUGUUGAGUCAUGAGUUGCAACGGGUGCCGCGUCUUACGAAAAGGAUGCAGCGAGUCAUGUAUUUUACGACCUUGUCUGCAAUGGAUCGACAGCCCUGAAGCGCAAGGCCAUGCCACUAUUUUCGUCGCCAAGUUCUUUGGCCGUGCGGGGCUCAUGUCCUUCAUCUCUGCCGUUCCAGAAUCUCAACGUUCUGUUUUGUUCCAAUCACUGUUGUUCGAAGCUUGUGGUAGAACAGUGAAUCCAGUGAACGGAGCUGUCGGACUUUUAUGGACAGGGAACUGGCAUGUUUGCCAAGCGGCAGUUGAAACUGUCUUACGAGGAGGAACUGUACUGGCGGUGCCUGAACUUAUGGCUCCCACACCAGCAUCCGGUGAAAAAUCGGAAGCUACUAAGAUUACGUGCAUGUUGAAGUUGCAAGAAACAGAAACAAAAUUUAAUUCAACCUGUCGGUUUUCCACUUCAAGAUCUAAGGUUUCACCUAAGCGCAUAAAAGUUGAAGAAUUCAGUAAAUUUCAGCCGUCCGAUCUAGAUCUUUGCUUGACUCCAAGCUCCACAGGCAACCGGCUUCCGGAUAACAGACGACCGGGGACUCCGUCAUUGAACUCGGAGGAAUCUGUUACGACGACGUGUUUUGAAAGUGGGUUUGCAGAUCAACAACGACAAGGUGGAGAAACAGAUAGAAUUAAGUUAUUAAACUUGUUUGUUUGAAGAGAAAAUUAUUUUAAAAAAGAGAAAAAGUCUGACUGUAAUAUUCUUCUUCACUACCACGUUUUCUGAUGUACUUCUGAGGAUGGGUUUUCUCGGAAAAUAAUUUUCCGGUGAGUUUUUGUAAAUUACCGGCACUGGAAUUCUCUCUCUUAUGUUUUGCUUUACAGUAUUUAAACUGUUAAAAGGAGGAGAAAAAUGAAAGUUGGUCGGUAAUCUUUAAAAUCAUCUUCUUUUUUACUACUUUGUAUCUUUCUUCUUUGUGUUUAGUAUUGAAUGUAUGAAAUGAAUAAAUCAAAAUUAUUGAAACAUUUCCCAAUUCA